AUGGUAAUGGUGUUUUGGCAUCCACGUCGUGCUGGUGUUGCUUCACAUUUUGAUGUUUCAAGUAGAAUUCCAUGUUUUAGUGUAUCAAAAAAUCUUCUUUAUGCUGAUGGCGAUAGUGGAAAUGUUUUUGGCUUAGCUUAUAAUGUAACUGGUUCUGUAAAAAAUGCUGUUUAUAUUAGUGUUGGACAUAAAAUAACAUUGAUAACAGCUUGCAAUACAUUCAAAUCAGUAACAAAAUAUCGUAAUUAUGAACCAAUACGACAAGCUGAUUUGCUUAGCCGAGAAAUAAUUGAAAAAAUGUCAUAA